AUGCACCCAGAGGCCGUGGGGCUCGGGGGGGCGCCCCUCCACGUCGUGGGAGCCGGUUCUCCCAACACAUCGCACGCUACCGCAACCAGACCGGACACGCCAACCAUCCCGGCUUCCGAGGUCCCGCCUGUCGCCACUACGUCCGCCAAUGUGCAUGGAGAAGAUGCGCAGGCACACACUUUCGAGGCUCCAGAUCCCGAAACGGCCAAUCCUCUCUCGCCGCUCGCAGAGCUCUUCGAGGGCGUUGUAGCAGAUGUGAUGGCUGUGAGAGCGACCUUUCGCGUCAACGGCUUGUUGUCAGCGGCUCAGGCUCCCGCCACUGCGACAGAGCCCGCGGCGGACCCACCGGUCAAGCCUUCUCCCCCACAGAUUAUUCUCAAGGCCGCCAGUCCCUCAAACGCAAAGGCAGAUCCCCCCGGUUCACGUGUUGAACCGAACCGAUCGCCAUCCGAUUCGGUUCCUCGUGAGACACACGCUGCCAAUCCACUGAAGGAAUUCCCGGUUUCCAUCGAUGGCGCGCUCAAGACUCGCGCCACUGGACUACUUAUCGAAUGCAUUCAACUAGUUGUGCUUCGCUGUACGCCUCGGAAGGGAAUCGAGAAAGAUCUCCACGAGGUUCUCAACCUGCUCUUGGACGCCAAACCUCUUGAGAUCCACCCUUCUGCACGUCGACUCACCUCUGUCCAAGAGCUCAAGGCAUGCAUCGCUCCGUGGCUGUGGGAGGCUGCUGAAAACAUCACUGUCAUGAACACGACCAGUGAAAGCGGCCUAGAAUCGGUGCUGUCCAUGGUUUUCUUCUACUGGAUUCCUGCUGUUGCGCGGUUGGGGGUGCACCCCCAUGCUCGUAUUCUCAAGCUCGCUAAACUCGAGUAUGUCGAGGGCAGCGUGACCGAGGAUGAAAGCUCGAGCUCUGGUCCCGACGCUCAACGUAACAUCUCCACCGACUCGUACAACAGGCCCGUUGACAAACACGCUCCCGGACAACGCCCGGCCUUUGUCCCCGAUUUCAUGAUCUACGUCAAGCUCCUGGACGGCUCCAAGAAGCCUGUGGUCGCCGUCGAGGCCAAGCACUCCACCACUAACCACUUCCGCCAGGUUAAGUUGUACUUCGAGCAUUUUCCACACGACAAGGACAUGUAUUGCCUGGCGACUCGCAUCGCCCCGAUGACCCGUGGUCCAGGAAUCCAGGUCGUGCUGUAUCGCCGGGACUUCACGACGGUGACUCCUACCAUCAUCAAGAUGCAUCCUGCAUCCGAUUCGACCAAGCAGUGGUUCCGCCUGACUGACGACACGUUCCUCGAGCAGUUUCUGCGCAUUCGAAACCACUUCGGGAUCUGGCCUAAUGAAGAUGAUUGA